AUGUCCCCUUGUGCUGUACACGAUUUACGGGUUCAAAUCUCGAACGUUGUUGCAACAAACACACUGAUAGUUGCUAAUCUUGAUCGCGCAACUUUUCUUCAUGAAAAUCUUGCUGAACUUCGAGAUCACCUCGAACUACACGGAAAAAUUUAUAAAUUUGUACCGAUCAAAUCAUUCAAUCGUAUUCUUUCCAUUUUUUAUCAACCCAAUGAUGCAACGAAGGCCAAAGCAUAUUGUGAUAGAAUGGAAUUCUUGAGUAAAAAUAUUCGUAUAUAUUAUGGACAGCAUACUCCCCUAUAUGAUGAAAUCGAUAAUUCAAGACAUCUUAGUGUGCCGGAACUCGAAAAAAAUUGGCUCGUAUCUCCACCAGGUUCACCACCAUUCGGAUGGACUCCAAUCAAAGAAGACCGUCCUAAUUCUAACACUUUAUCUCAUGAUUUGGCUCAUGCUCUAGCACACGUUUCUUUAGACUCCGAUAUCCAAGAAUUUUCUUUAGAAAAUAACAAUGAUCUUCCUAAAUCGCAAACACCUAUAUUGACUAUUGUCCCAUGUGAUUCUGAUUCUUAUCGGAAUGAUGUCGAGGUUCCUCUCAUUCUCAUUCAGGAUUGGGAUAAUUCAGGAUCCCCACAGACAAAGAAAAAUUUACAACAAACGAAAGCACAACUGUGUCCUACUUUGAUGCAACGUCCGUCUACUCCGACUCCUCGACCCCCGCUUCUCUUUUCGUAG